GCUCCAGAUCAACAGAGAAGCCGACAAACAAGAUAGAGAUCAGUACAAUACUCCAGGAAAUUUGAAGUGAAACUGAAAUUUGAAUUGCAAUACUGAUUAAAUUGUUUGCAGGAAAUUGAAAUUUUAAUCCAGGAAACAGAAAUUUGAAAUGCAAUACUGUGAGACAAGGUAUAGAUCAACAACAGCAGUAAGAUUCACUUCAAAUUGACCAACAGAAGCAAGAUUUAACAAUUGAUUGCAGAGACAAGGUACAGAUCAAUAACAGCUGCCAGAUAUACUUCAAACUGAACAUAACAACAAGUUUUAACAAGUGAUUACAAGGACAAGGUACAUAUCAACUGGAAUAAACUGAUUACAGCAGCUACAACAAUCAGUGUUAACUGAAUAUUGUUAAUUGAAAAAUCAGUGUUAAUGGAAAAAAUCAGUAGAUAUCAGCAGAACAAUAAUGAUCCAAACAAUUUUCAGUAGUACAAUUAUGAUAUGAACAAUUAUGAUGCAUCUGAGCUGAACUACUUGGAAUACUUCCUGUUAUGAUUUGUAGAGCCACUCUCACCAAACACUUAUGUACACACAAUUAUGAUGCGUGACUUGUUGUUAUCACAAGCUGAUGGGUGCCUCACCUCAAGUAUGGGUGACUUGUUGUCACAAGAGUUUUAGUGCCUCACCUCACAAGCUGAUGAUUUAAUCAGAAUUAUAGAGAAUAUAGUGGCAGCAAGUGGCGUUAUUCAGAGAAUGACUUAGUAUUUCACUUUACACAGAGAAUAUAGUAGAGCAAACAGAGAAAACAGAUUGCAUGAUCUUAAUUGAUCAGGAGUCCUGAUGAUUUCAAAGAACAGAGAAUUAAAGAAUCGCAACAUUAAAGAAACCAAUGCAGUACAAUAAUUAACUGAAUUUGACAUGGUUCAUGUUGUUAAUUUACAGAAAACAACCACUUAGCACAAACCUAGACAAACCAAUAUUUACUCCUACUCCAAUGGUAAAUUGAUUGCAAACCUAUGCACUUAAAUUGACUGCAAUUUGUAGCAAUUCUGAAUUUAAAUUGACAUCAAGCAAAAGUUUACUCCAUUUAAAUGUUCAUACUCCAAUUACUUGUACUCCAACAAUUUACUUUUAUUCCAAAAUUCUUAAUAUGUUUGCUUCUUGUACUCCAGCUCCAGCUCCAAACUCUGAAUUUGGAACAUGAACUUUGACCUAAACUUUUCUCCACCAGAAGAUGUGGAUGAAGAUGUGGGAGGAGAAGAGGAACAUGUUGUUGGAGAAGAGGAGGAUCAAGCUAUGGGAGAAGCAGUGGGAGAAGAAGAGGAUCAAGCUAUGGGAGAAGCAGUGGGAGAAGCAGGUGUUCAACAAAUACGGAGGAAGAGAAAAUCACUAACAAAUGAGAAGAGAUAUGCUGCUUACAUGGCAAUGCAAGCGCUAAGUAUUAAGAGAGGUGGAGAUUUGAAAGGGAACGAUAAGCAGGACGUGGCUGCAUUGUUUCAAGUAGACAUCCAACUCAUUAAAAGAAUUUGGAAGAUAGCAAAGAAACAGAUUGCUCUUGGUCAACAGGUGGAUGUGUCAACCAGAAAGAUGCGGCACAAAAGUGGUUGAUGGCUUUCUAUCACAAAUCUCAGCAGUUCCACUACACAGAAGGUCAAGCAUAUGAUCACUUGCUGCUGCAUUGGGUGUCAGCCGCUCCACACUCCAUAGGAAAUUCCAGCUUAAUGAUAAGGAGGCACUCCAACAGGGUGAAGCCGCCUUUGAAAGAGAAGAAUAAGAGAGAAAGGGUUCGAUUUUGCAUGUCGAUGCUGGACCAGACAACC